AUGGACCCUCAACUUCUCGUCGCAGCUUCCUCGAGGAGGGUGCUGCCUCCCUCGACAAUUCGCCGCGCAUCGCUGCCACUGACCAACGGCUGUAGAGUCGCCCGGGAUGCGCCGACGUCUCCCUUGGACGGCAAGUGCGAGGCCAAAGUCGCUUCGCAAGCUGUCAUGCUCGCCUUUGCCUGGCGUGCUCGAGGAGCCCUUAGCCGUCGCAGCUACGAACCCUUUGGAGGUAUCUAUGCGCGCGAGUACACUUUGCGACGGUACAAUCCUCGACCUGAGCAGAGCUGGCUCUCCUUCCCACUUCUGGCCCUGGCUUUGUCAGCAGCAUGGCAGGUGUUCCACAACUGGACCCAGUCCCUGAUUUCAUUGAGUAUACUGUCAUUUCUGGUGCAAUGCUAUGUGCCCGAGUGGGAGGACUUCGGCAUCCUCACGGAAAACACCCUGCGGGCGCGUGCGUCAAGUCAUCGCUUGGUACAGCUCGAGCGGACGAAAUCCCUGGAGACGCGGCUGAGACACCUGAGCCAGCUGCAGGCGCACGUCUCUGUGGAGGCUCCGCUUAGUCAGGACGGGGCCCUCGGCGCGGUGCUGCUCUGCAAGGAUCGCACCGGCGACCACGUGGCUGUGAAAGUCAUUUCCCUGAAAAAGGCGCAAGCUGCUGGAAUAGAGGAGAGCAGACUCUGGCGGGAGGUGCAGGUCAUGAAAGAAGUGCAGCAUCCAAACCUUCCUCGCCUCAUCGAUGUGGUGGCCAACUGGGAGACGCUGCCGCAGCUGGACGCAACACCUCCGCAUCUUUGUUUGAUCAUGGAGUUUGUGCAGAAAUCCGAGCCGCUUUCAAUGGCAGUGCGGCGACAAGGGGCGAUGCCUCACCGAGCAGCGCAGAUAGUGGCGCAGCUUGCGUCCGCGCUUUGCAAGCUGCACCGAGCAAACAUCAUUCACAGAGAUGUGUGGUGCGAAAAUGUUCUUAUCGGAGAUCGUGAGAAAAUUGUGCUGAUCAACUUCGGGCGUGCCGAGUACCUGAGCGGCAGGCCAGCAGCGAACUCGAAGCUGAACACCCCCUACAUGUCGCCGGAGGCUGCUUCAGGUAUGCCGCAGCAAACAGGCGACGAUGCUUGGGGGCUUGGCCUCCUCCUUACGGAGAUUGUCACAGGUCGCUUCGUUGUCGACCGCCUGGGCCGGUCUGACGUGCCCCUCCAUGUCCAGCGGCCCACCCUGACAGCUGCAGUUCAAGAAACGGCUGCUUGUGCAGCGCCUGCGCUCGCCCAGCUCGCCUCGCAGUUGUUGGACCUCAGCGCUUCCAGACGGCCUGCCAUGGUGGAAGUCAUCAGUCUUCUUCGGCCUUCAACGCACAACGAUUCAGGACAGCCAACCUCUCAUGCCGCAGAGCGGGCCGAUCGGAAAGCCUUGAACAAGCUGAGGGCCUCGCAAGCUCGCAACGAGAAGAGCCCCUUGGGCUUCCGGGGACGCUUGCAGAACAAUUCCUCGCCUGUGCGGCUGGCCAAGGUGGCCAGCCCGAUUUUGGCGCAAGCGGCAGUGCAGGCCAAUGAGCGUCCUUCCCGGCACAGCUUCGGCGGAAAGUCUACACAAUUCGAAAGUCCCCCAGCGAACUUUCAGCCCGGCGAGACGGUCUUGUAUUGUCCAAGAUCACAAGCUGGCGUUCUGAAGGCCAUUGUCUGUGGCAAGCUGGCCGACGGCAAGGGUUGGCGCAUUCAGCUGGAGAGCGGCGAGUUUCAGGAAGUGGAGAAGGGGGAGGACUGGCGACUGUGCCUCUCCGAUCUUCCCGUGGCGCCGCCUCACAAGAAGGUGUCCUCGCCGAGGGAGAUUCCAACGUCGACGGCGGCAGCCAAGCCACCAAUGAAGGGACCUGUCUUGGCUUGGGCUCCCGAGGCCAACGUGAUGGGUGGUCGUGGGAAGGUUCUGGCAUCUUCGUCUACAGUGUCUUCUCUGGCGACCACGACGCCCUCGGCUGGUGCUACUUCGGAGGCCUCAUCUCACGCUGCCGACGGUUCAUCACUGGUCGCGUGCAAGAGCUAUCACGUUGCUUCAGUCAAUGCACUCCCCGUUGGCCAGCAGCUAUGGGCUGGCAGGUGUGCUUCACCGACUUUACGGCGCGUGGGCUCUGCAAAUUAUGCCGACAGCCCCAAGGCCGUCCAAGGCUACCAAGCCGUGCAUCCGCAAGGUCUCCUGGGUCAGGGCCCCGCGCUGCGCUUCGUUCCACCGCCGCAGGCGCCACAGGUGCCGCAGGUGCCGCAGCCCGUCAUGGGCCGCCGAGUGCUGUACACAGGAGCAAUGGAUGGCAGUUCCCCGGUGUGGUGA